UCAAACGAGCAGUGAUAGGUUUAAUAUAUCAUCAGUCAAUCGCUGUAGCCACAUUUUCACAGACGGUGCCUUUUUCCGUGUGCUUGCACUUUAUAUUUACAUUUUCUGACGAAACAUAGAGCUGGCCGGGGCAACAGCGAUUUGUAAGCAAUACGAAAGGAGCAGAAAACUGCAGCGCCAAACAAACGUCGCUUUUAAUGAGCCCAGACGAGCUGAGCUUCACGAAGGGAAGGAAUGAAGUUUAGUACGCUGAUAUAAACUACAGAAUUAACAAGAAGAUCCCUUAGCAACAGGAAUUAAAACGUUAUUGCUGGAUGCGGCUGAGACUCAAGUAUUCAGUCGAGCCGAUGGUUCAACUUUGAGGAGGCUCUGCAGUGGACAUCGCUCGCGGGAAACGAUGAAGGCGAGAGGAAGCAGUGCAGACUCGAGGAGGCUGUGAGGUGAUGCUGUGACACAUUCAACAGCAUUCAGCGGAGUCAGCACGUUGUGUGACAUCUAUGGACUGCGGUGGUGGAUGUGAGCGAUCUGAGGAGCAUGGGGCCAGUAUUCGUUGAAGAACGGCGGUGCAUGGCAAUGGUUUUAAAGAGCACACCUCGAUCAGAGAAACCUACCAAGUACUAACUCUACUGGAUUUAACCCAAAGAGAGGCUGUUGAAAACCCAUGUGGUUUAGACAUUUCCGUCCCGGAUGUGGAUACUAGGCUUGUUUUAUGUGUCCAGCACAACAUAUCACCGGUGGUAGAUUGAUCCCCUAUUUCGUUACAGAUUUUUUAGAAGAUUUGUUCUCUUUCAGCACCCCUCCCCCCUUUUUUUGCACCUGCUUUGCGUUGUCAAAGCUUACCGAGCGCUUUAGAGCGCGCUGCUCUUACUUGCAUCUCCGAACAUCGUGCAUGGAUUCUACAUCAACUGGAGGUUUUGUGAGGGCUGCAGUGAUGCUCCCAUUUACUGGUAUCGCCUCACAGCUCGCACUUCCUGACAGAAAUGGACUGCCAAUAGAUUUUUGGGAAGAGAAAAUCAGCAUGCAUUAAAUUAUGAAUGUUGAACAAGAUGACCUCUUACCAUCAGUGCCAGAUGUUGAGAGGUCCUAGAUGGAAAGGGGCUUGGUCUGACCCCCUGUUUCUCCUGCUUUUAGCCCUGCAGUUGCUUGUUGUCGCUGGAUUGGUACGAGCCCAAACCUGUCCUUCCGUAUGUUCCUGUAGUAAUCAAUUUAGUAAGGUAAUCUGCACACGCAGAGGGCUAAAGGAUGUCCCUGAUGGCAUCUCCACCAAUACACGGUAUCUAAACCUUCAGGACAAUCAGAUCCAAGUCAUCAAAGUAGACAGUUUCAAGCAUCUACGACACCUUGAGAUUCUUCAGCUUAGUAGAAACCAUAUCCGCAACAUUGAGAUUGGCGCCUUCAAUGGGCUGACCAGCCUUAACACUCUGGAGCUUUUUGACAAUCGGCUCACGACCAUCCCAAAUGGCGCCUUUGAGUAUCUAUCAAAACUGAAAGAGCUGUGGCUUAGGAAUAACCCUAUCGAGAGCAUACCGUCUGAUGCCUUCAGUCGCUUGCCCUCCCUGCGGCGGUUGGACUUGGGAGAGCUGAAGCGUCUCUCCUACAUUUCGAGUGGAGCAUUUCAGGGCUUAAGUAACCUUCGGUACCUGAAUCUGGGCAUGUGUAACCUCAAAGAGGUCCCCAAUAUUCAGCCCUUGAUUCGCUUGGAUGAGCUGGAGAUGUCUGGGAACCAGCUCACCGUCAUUCAACCAAGUUCUUUUAAGGGUCUCGUUCAUCUUCAGAAGCUGUGGAUGAUGCACGCCCAAGUCCAAACCAUAGAGCGAAACUCCUUUGAUGACCUGCACUCUUUACGAGAGCUCAACCUGGCUCACAACAACCUCACCUUUUUGCCCCAUGAUCUCUUCACGCCUUUGCACCACCUGCAGCGAGUGCAUUUGCAUCACAAUCCCUGGAACUGCAACUGUGACGUUCUUUGGCUGAGCUGGUGGCUGAGAGAGACCGUACCUACAAACACCAGCUGCUGCGCCCGCUGCAAUUCCCCUCCCAGCCUCAAGGGGCGCUACAUUGGCGAGCUAGACCAGAGCUAUUUUCAGUGCUAUGCGCCCGUUAUUGCCGAGCCACCUUCCGACCUCAAUUUGACUGAAGGAAUGGGGGCAAAACUGAAAUGUCGGACGAACUCAGUGACCUCAGUCAGCUGGCUAACUCCAAAUGGCUCCAUCAUAACACAUGGGGCUCUCAAGAUGCGCAUCUCUGUCCAAAACGACGGAACAUUAUACUUCACCAACGUCACCAUACAGGACACGGGAACCUACACUUGCAUUGUAAGCAAUACACUAGGCAACAUUUCGGCCUCUGCUGUCCUCAACGUGACGUCCGUUGACAACAGUGGCUUUAGUUACUUCACUACAGUCACCGUAAAGACAGUUGAAACCUCUAUCGAUGGGGAGAGUAGGACACCGGUGCAGCCUUCUUUUGGCUGGGCCUCCUCUUCAACCACAAGGGGAACACCUAUUGCCACAGAGAAAGCAUACACCAUUCCUGUGACCGACAUAGACAUUGAUGGGGCUCUUAAUGGUUUGGAGGAGGUGAUGAAAACCACCAAGAUCAUCAUUGGCUGCUUUGUGGCCAUCACGCUCAUGGCGGCCGUAAUGCUCAUAAUUUUCUACAAGAUGCGCAAACAGCACCACCAGCAGGAUCAUGAUGGGCCGACCCGCACCAUGGAGAUCAUCAGUGUACAAGAGCUGACGAGUGUUCCUGCUAUAGCGAGUCACCUGGCUCUUUCGCCCCUGGAGCAUGAGCAUUACGACCCCUAUACCUCCUAUAACUCCUACAAAACUGCUUAUAACCAUGUGUCGGCUCUUAACUCACUGCAUAGUUCAGUGCAUGAACCAUUACUUAUUCAAGCCAGCUCAAAGGAUAACGUGCAGGAGACUCAAAUUUGAAUGACGGAUGAACCGAACUCUGCUAAUGCUGUUUAAAUUUUGGUUGUGGACAUGCUGUCAGAAUGAAGAUGACAGUGUGCUUUAAGACCUUCAGUGAGAGCCAGGGUGUAUGUAUAAUUAUUUUAACAAGUGUCUUUACAAAUCUUAUUUAUUUAAAGAUAUGUGAAGUGUCUGGAUCAUAAAAUCACAAGACAAAAAAAAUAUUUUUAAUUUCUACAUUUUUAAACUGGGUAAACUGGGGAAAUGGAUGGAGGCUAUAAUUCGCAUGGAGCACUUAGAUAUGAAUGGUGGGCCUGAUGGAUGCAGUGACUCUAGAGAGGUGUAUAAACGGUUACAUUUCCCCAUGAAAUAUCCUGUUACUAAACAAAAAAGGGAAAGCUUUCAUUGUAAGAGACUGGAUUAUUCUGCAAAUGCAGCUUGUGGGAUAGGAAAUAUUUCUAGUAACUAUAGAAGCCAGUGUUCUGGACACACAUCAAUUAACUUCAAUUCAGAAAAUAGGUUUGCAUAAUUGCCUCGAAUUACAGUCCUCAAGUCAAGAUAGUAUCUUAAAUGUGGCAUUGGAAAAACAGCAUUUCAGGUUCAGCAUUUUUUCACUAAAUCUAUUUUUCACUAAAUCUAUUUAUAACUGUAAAUGUCAAAAACCUAUGAAUAUAAAAAUGAAUUCUAUACAUCAGUGAACAUCAGGCUAGUACAAUUAUAGCCCCUAUAGUGGCUGAGGACAAGGGAAUAUGAUUUCUAAGAUUGUUUGCUGUGAGCGUUUCAGACAAAAAUGGCAAAGAGGAAAUAAAUAAUGAAAUAAAAAACAACCAGCUAAUGUCACUAUGGAAACCAAUGACCUACUGCAAAAAAAAAAGAAAAAAAAAACACUGGACAAAAUCAGAGUGCAGCCCAGUGCUUGAAACAUGUACUGUUUAUUUGAUAACUGCAUUAUUUGUGAUUUGUAAGCAACUGUUUUUUACUGUGUACGUGUGCUUUUGUAUGUUUGUGUUUUAUCUGCCAUAUGAGUUAUUAUUUUACAAUUGUCUAUAGAAUUUUACAUUCAUUAUGUCAUGUAUUUUACAAUCACUUUUUUUCUGGAAUGGUUUAUUUGACUGGCAACUGCAAACCUCACCUAACAUGAUGAUGAUGAGCGUGUGAAUUUGUCUCGUGUCCAUAUGUGCAAAGGGUAGCGUGUUUGUGUGCUCAGCGAUCAAACUCUGUUUUUCAUCAGCUUGUGUAUUGCUUUCUCAAAAUGUUUGUCAGCAUAAAAGCUGAUGUGUGAUGUCUUUCUCCCUACUUUUUGAUCAUUUUGGACAGCAUGAUAAGAGGAUGAGACACUGGUCUUGCCAGUCAACUGCUGAAGUAAACCUAAUAGGUUCAUAUGUCAAAGGCAUCAGAACAAUACAUGAAGUAUAUACCUCUAAUUCAUCACAUGUGCUGACAAGUUUCAUUUUAAAUAGAUGUGUUUGCCAGCAGGGAAUUCAUCACACAAUUAUGUAUGGAACGGUUUAAUCUCACAUUUUAGCAUUGAAUUAACAGAAUCGUCUAAUGAAUGUGACAAAUUUCAAGAGAACAUAUUUCAUCUUUUGCU